CGCAUCGUGUGGAGGAACGUGGUGCUCAUGAGCCUGCUGCACCUGGCGGCCGUGUACUCGCUGGCGCUCAUCCCCGAGGCCCAGCCGCUCACGCUGCUCUGGUGUAAGUCCCCGCGCCGUCCCGCGCCCGUCCCCGCGCCGGCCUCCUCUGCGCCCCGCAGGACUGGCAGGGGUUUCCACCUGGGUAUUUGCAACUUCGGCCUCCCUGCCUCCACCCCCCCUGGGUCGGCCUGCGUUGGCGCGUCCGCGGCCCCCGGUGGCAAGCGGGGACCCGAGUCCCGCAGGUGCCACCAACGUGCGCAGGGGCGCGCGAGGGGACAGGCCCGGGCCGGGCGCCGGCGACAUCGGCCACCCGGGAAGGGCGACGCGCAGGAUGCAGGUGUCGCCCGUGUGCGCCCCAGGCGACAUCCGCGAGCCACGCAUCAGGGGGCCCGGGUCAAGGACAAGAAAAGGGGCUGGAGGCAGGAGAGCCCCGGCGCGGGAUGCGCAGGGUCUUGGCUUUUGCGCACGACAUGGAGGAAACCUGUCCCCCUGCCUGGUCUCCGAGGCCCCUGUCCCCGUGUCCUCCACGACCCUCCCUGCCCGCUUGCAGGCCUCUGGCCCCCGAAGUGUCCCGGGGAGCAAAGCCGGCCGGUGGGGACAGCGCUUGGCGCCCAGCACGCAGCUGCGUCCCCAAGCGCGGUCCCUCCCCGUGCACCUGUGGCUGCUGCCCGCCUCGGCAGCCGCCCUGGCCGCCGGGGGACGCAGCGCAGUCGCUGGUCCCUGAGCCCCCUUAAAGCCCGCCCUGGUCCCCAAGAACUGGCUUUGGCUCCUGUCUUUUGGGGACAGUAG